GUGCCCGUCACCAGCCGCCCGCCGCCGACCCGCCCACCGUGCUCUCCUCAGCGAGGCCGCGGGGGGAAAAUGGCGGGGGAGGCGGCGCGGGGCUGCUGAGGAGCUUGGCUGUGGAGCCGCGGGUUCAGACCAAGGCCACCAUGGCACAUCAGGAGCAUGAGGACCCAGAGCUGGAGCCAGAGGAGAUGCAGAACGACAGCUCCUUCUUCACCGGUUUGGGCAGAGACGAAAACCCUGGCGAGGACCCCUCAAGGCCGAGGACGGAGCAGCCGGCCGCCAGCCCCCCGCUGGGCUCGGGGGCUCUGGACGGCCAGGCCUCCCGCUACUUCGCAGCGCUGGACUCCAGCGUGGGCGACCUGCGGCAGCGAGCGCAGCGCCUCAUCGACAGGGUGAACGAGAGCCGCAAGGAGGACCACACCGUGAUGAGCGGCUUCCGCGAGAGCCUGCUGCUGAAGGUGUCCGACCUGGCCGAGCAGCUGGAGGAGCAGCUCUUCCAGCUCUACAGCCUGCACAACGAGCAGAUCCAGGAGCGGCUGCACGAGCUGGCCGAGGUGAUGGAGCGCGUGCGGCAGGCCGAGGACGAGCUGCAGCAGGUCUGCCGCACCGUGGAGGCCGCCUACAAGGACCUGUGCCUGCAGCCCGAGGCGUGAGCGCGGCCCCCGAGCCCCUGGGGAGCCCCCCGAGCCCGCGGGGAGCCCCCCGAGCCCCCCACAGGCAGCCCCCAGCCCCAGCAGCAGCCCCCCCGCCAGCGGGCGUUACGGCCGUGCCGGGCCAGCUGCUCCUUCGCGAGCAGAGAAAUGAGGAAUAUCAGCCUAAAAUCGCCUUUUCCGCGGGCUGUUGGUGUUCGGAUUUUAACACAAUUAAAAUAAAAAGAACAAAAG